AUGUCCAAAUGUCCCACAGUUCGUGCUAAAAUAAUUGAUUGUAAGCAAGGUGCUGUCCGUGCAGUCAGAUAUAAUGUCGAUGGAAAUUAUUGUAUCACUUGUGGCAGUGACAAAACCGUCAAACUAUGGAAUCCAAUGAAGAACAGUCUUCUGAAGACCUAUUCUGGAACAGGAAACGAAGUUCUUGAUGCUGCGUCUUCAUCGGAUAACUCGCAAAUAGCAGCUGGUGGAGCCGAUCGAGCAUGCACAAUAUUUGACGUGGAGACAGGAAAGCAGUUGAGGAGAUGGAGAACUCACGGAGCCCAAGUGAAUUCUGUAGCCUUCAACGAAGAGUCUUCAGUUGUUUUUUCUGGAUCGAUGGACUGUACGAUGCAAGCAUUUGACUGUAGGUCUCGAAGUGAGAAGCCUAUUCAAAUUUUCAAUGAAUCAACUGAUGGAAUUAUCUCAAUCGAUGUUAACGGUCACGAAAUUGUAGCAGGAAGUGCUGAUGGAAACUAUAGGAUAUAUAAUGUUAGAGAUGGAAAUAUGACAUUGGACUAUAUGGGUGAUUCAGUGAACAGUAUAAGUUUCACACCUGAUGGCAAUUGUCUUCUAGCUGGAGUCAUGGGUGGAAUUGUGAGGUUGAUGGAUAAGUCGAGUGGAAAACUAUUGGCUAGUUAUAAAGGUCAUCAGAAUACAGAAUACAAACUUGACUGUAGAGUACUGCAGUCAAUUGAACACGUGGCGACCGGGUCAGAAGAUGGAUUCGUUUAUGUGUAUAGUCUUCUCGAUUCGAAUAUAGUCUCCAAGCUGGAACAUCCGUCAAAAGUUAUUCAUUCUCUCACAGCUCAUCCGAAAAAGGAACGCUUGAUGACUGCUGCUGGGCAAAUGAUUUAUCUGUGGGUGGCUGAUGACGAUACUGAAGUCUUGGGAGAAUAA